AUGUCGAAAACGGUCCAGAUUGCUUCGCCGAAGCAGUUCAGUGAUUUACUCCAAUCCUCGCAGAUCGUGGUUACAGACUUCUAUGCAGAUUGGUGCGGACCAUGCAAGACAAUUGCUCCCCUCUACGAACAGCUCUCAGCCUCUCUCUCACGCUCAAACCACAUCACAUUCGUUAAGGUUAAUGUUGAUACCCAGAAGGAGAUAGCCUCGAAGUAUGCGGUAACUGCUAUGCCCACAUUCAUGAUCUUCAAGUCUGGUCAAGUCGUUGAGAAAGUCAAGGGUGCAGAUCCCCGCAAGUUGCAAGAAGUUGUCAAGAAGCUUGCCGCAGAAGCCGAAGGAGGUCCAAGUUCAUCUGGGUUUGGAGGAGCAACUGGUAGUGGCAGUAGCUGGCGUGUGGGAGACCUUCCAAGAGGCUACAAUGAUGUGACAGAUCAGGUGGAUAUCAAGGGCUUGGAGCUUCUGAACGCAGACAGCGAUUUUGGCACAGUCAGGACUUUGGUCGACAGUGGCAAGCCAACUGGCUUACAGAAGGGCAAAGCUUCAGCGACAUCUGGUAAGGACUGGGUUGAAAGUGAUACUGAUGAACAGCUUAUGCUAUUCAUGCCAUUUCAGUGUACACUGAAAGUGCACACACUUCAGAUUACCUCCCUUCCCCCAGCAGCGGAUGACAACGACGAAGUACCGGUGAGACCAAGGACUGUACAGAUCUACUCGAAUCGAGCACACAUACUGGGCUUUGAGGAGGCAGAUGAUGUUCCAGCAACACAAAGCAUCACACUUGAGGCCAAGGACUGGGAUGAGACCGGUACUGCGACCAUCUCUCUACGCUUCGUCAAGUUCCAGAACAUUUCAAGUCUGGUUCUCUUCAUUGUAGAUGGCGAUGGAGAUGGUGACAAGGUCCGCUUGGACAGAAUCAGAAUUAUUGGAGAGACUGGGGAGAAGCGCGAGCUUGGGAAGUUGGAGAAGAUUGGUGACGAACACGGAGAGUAA